AAUAAAAGCCCUGACCAUUUGAUCGGCUUAUGACUAUAAUAGGAUAUAACACAGUCUGAUAAUGUUAGUGAAAUUUUCACGCAACUUGUCACAAUCGGUCAAUAUGAGAACGCAAGUGAACCAUCGGUCACAGCAGCACGUGCAGCAGACGCGCGCAAAGCCGCAAGCCGCGUGAAGUUGGAGACAUAUACGUUCCCGUGUGUGUUCAGUAGCAAAGGAGAAAUUAAUGAGGCAGAAAAUUGGUGAAAUUGAUAUAUUUUCACUCGUUGAACGGCAUGCAACAAGCACGCGACAGUCAUUGUUGGCGUUGGUUUAGGAGUCUGGUCAAAGGUCACGAUGUCAAUCUGUAGUAACACUAAACACAAUUUACAAACGUAACAAAAAUACAAGGAUUGUUUUCUGUUGAAUCGUAAUUUAACGAUGCGAUAUUCCUUUGUUUGGCAACUGUUAAAAGCAUCCACACAAAGGCUGAUGACGUCAGAGUAUUUCACGCGUGUACUUUGUCCGGACAAUUAGACUAUGGGUCGUCGAGGAAAUGCUAUCUUUGUUCCUACUUCGUAUCAUGUACGUGCAUCUUUUUAUGUCUUUUUUCCUUCUAAAGUAAUUGCAGUCAGGACGUAAACUAUAUAUAUAUAUAUUUCAAACGUGUCGUUCUUCAUAAUACGCUUAUAAACCAUGUGUUCAAGAUGACAAAGAAUGGGUACGCGCACGUGUUACAUUGCAUCCAAGCGUAUCAACGGCAGGUGUGUCAACAAAAUGGCUAUAACAAUACAAGGCAUUGUGUGAUUUAUAAUUAAUCAUAAUAUGCGCCAAUACAAUCUUUUAAAGUAAAAUCCCCUGCGUAUUUUGUCGACAGCUAUUGGUAAUGUCCGAUGAACGAUAAACAUAGAGAAAGCGACACAAAUGGAUCCACAAAAACGACUAUCGUUCACCAGUCUAGAAACACGGCAGCGUCCUCUUGGCGUACUGAGUAUCUAACUGCACACUCGGCUGUUUACACACGAAGAGGGGAACAGGCCAGCUCAAUCUAAUGUGGGUUUCAUCUUUCGGUCUUAGUAUUCUGUGAGCCGAUUCAGCGAGUGACUGUGCUACAGAGCACUCCGGUGGGGACACACACACAUCACAGCACGUGGAACUAUUUACUUUGAGUUUGUGAGACCCUGAGUCGGCUGCAUCUCAGCACUAAAAUAUAGUAAGCAGCGUCGUGUGCUAUGAUAUUCCCGUGCCGUUUCAACAAGUUAGUUGGUGCUACAUUCGUGACCAGCCGUGUUGACGGAUAGAUUUGAUAUACAGUUCAUUGAUAGAUUUUUUUUUUAUUUAAAUACCUGAUCUCUACACCCGCCGGAGCGUUAACUGUGUUGAAUGAGAGGUACCCUUGACAUACGACAGUCGUCACGGAUCACAUGUGCUCAACUGUCUCUCAAUACCUAUAAUGGCGUCUGGGACUAGUUGGAUCGUCUGCCUGUUGUGUUUGGUGCUGGUGGGAUUUACUUACUCACAAGGAAGCUACACUCUUCAGCAUGCUGACGUUUGUCAAAACAGCGGGAGACAACUCCAGUGUACCGGAAACGAGGUGCUUCAUAUCCAAGAUGUCCUCUGUCUGCCAUCAAACUACACGUGCCCUGAACGUGACAAAAUUCUUUGGCUUUGUGAAGGUGAAAGGUCAUGUGCAAGCAUCGGAUUGAAACAGCAGCUUUUGGCAUAUUGCCAAAACGCUCCUGCAAGGACAGUGAUAAUUAGUUUCAAGUGUACUCGCAAGCAACCUCUUCCUGCUUGCCGAACGAAUAUCUGUAGUCACGAGAGUGAGGGACUUCAUUGCGGAAACGGUAACCAGCUUCAUAUCGUGAGAGCACGCUGCAGUCAUGGCCAAGAAGAAUGUCCCUGGAAUGUCUAUCAGACCCUGUACACACUAUGCGAAGGCCGGAAAUCGUGCUACGCUUCCGGUCUGAGCCGUUUGAUGCCAGGAAAUACAUGUACCGACAAUUUUGUUCAGACAGCUAACGUUUUUGUGGACUACAUCUGUGUAGAAGAGGAUGUUACAGACGGGGUGUGUACCGGAAACGUCAGAUCAAUGCCAAAAACCUUCGGAAUAAUCAAAAGUCCAGGCUUUCCUUAUAAUCCAGAGGGUAAUCCGAAUAGCUGUUAUUGGGCAAUAUAUCCCAAGCCUGGUAGAGUGGUGGAAAUCAUCAUACAUCUCGCGUUUUCUCGCGAGUAUACAGAAACAUGUAGUGCUCAGUUCUUGCAAGUCACUUACAGAGCUUGUGGUACAUAUCGAAAGAUCACAGACACCUUUUGUAAGGCACAGGAUGUUAACAUCGAACGGAAGUCGUGUGGAACGGUCUACAUUCGGAGUUCAUCGUAUUUAGCCGGCGAAGAUAGAGGAAACAGGUUCCUGGUGACUUAUCAAGUGAAGGAGAAAUAUGUUUCCGAUCCGUCAUAUACAAAAUUUAUGAAGCAAUGUCAUUCUGGUUUUGAACUUGCAAACGUCACCUCCGCUGUACCGUACACUUCUGUGUCUGAGAAGUCGCCGCCAGGCAAACGCUCGAGGGAGCUUAAUAUAGUCGGACAACAAUACGCUGCCUUCUAUAGAAACUCGGAGAGCCAGCCGGCCGUGGCUGCACCACUCAAUACCACUGGCCAACAGAAUUUUAACGAUACCGGAGGUAAAAGUACCUUCCAUCCCUGGCGGUUUCUCACCAUUGUCAAGGUCGUCGUAAUCAAUGUUUUCCUGUUUAUCAUUGCUGUUUCGCUGGUAAUAGCAAUCGUCUACGUUUGUUACAGGUACAAGCAAGUUGACAAGGCGGGUCGAUACAACCUGGCUCCUCAGUCAGACACUGACUCGGGACGGCGGACCACGACCGACACCCCGCUACAGACUUUCUCCGAGGACUUGGGAAUAACUCCUCCACGCGGAAGCUCAAUGCAUUCUUUCACACGUGAUCAGUCCCAAGUGUACGCUUCACUUGCGGAGGAUCCCUACGCGACUGUUGGAGAUGAUCCGGACUACCCAACAAGUAGUUAUAGUAACUCAAAUCAGCAGUCACGUGACAACCAAAUGUCUAGCUUCCGGCCAAAACCUUCGAACCCUUAUGCAUCUUACGAUAGUUUGGACUAUGACGUUCCUGCAGAAAUUCAUGAAAGGAGUUCCUCAAAUCAUGUUCAGAAUCCGUAUAUGAACGGCGUAGCCACACAUAGUGCGCAUAACAGCCCUGUGCACUUACAGCAAAGCCCAUACCAUACUCCUGAUCAUAUGGCUCAAACGUACCAGAACCCGGAAGAAGAGUUUCCGCCGCCACCAGAGAACCUGCAAAACUUUGACGCCACAGCCCAUGGGGGACCGGUGCAGCAUUACACAAUAAAUGAUGACGAUUACGCAAUUGUACAAAAACCUAAGAAAAUGACUUCAAGUAAUCCCGUCAAUGCUCGGUCGUCCCCGAGUAAUCAUUCACAACAAUGUGCCUCUCCAAGCCACUUCACGCGCGGUGACGUAGGUUACCACCUUCCACAGCAUGACUGCAUGCUCACCUGUAACGUACCGCCCUUUAGUCCUCCGCACAGACAGAAUGGGACCACGCCCAAUCACGACAGGGCAAACAGUGGCCCUACCGCCUGGGAGGACGGAUUCUACUAGUGACGUCAUUUAUUGUGUUUAUAUGUAGACGUGCAAUAUGUAUAUGUGUGUUUGGAUGUGUGUGCCCGAUAUAAAAGCAACCGAAAUACUCCAGCAAGACUCAACAUCCUUCACGACUGAAAAUGGCAGUCUUCAUUAUGACGAAAGUUUGAAGAUCCCAGUUUUUGUUUCUGGUUGCAUGUCUUCUUUGUGACUAUAGGCUGGAGUCUGAUAGUCUAGAUCAUCUACUGAUAGGCACAUAUGUAUUGUAUGCAUAACAUGGAAACGUCAUUGUGAACGAUUUAACCAUCCUUGCAAUGGACUAUUUUAUGAAGCACAAGAGUCUAUCCACAUAGGAUUGUCUAACACCAUUUCAUUUGUUUAUCUAACCAGGUAGUUAUGUAAAUGAGGUUCAUAUUCAAUGUUACAAUAAGAUGAAACUAAGCAUUAAACAAGGGCAUUUAAUAUAUCAGUUUAAUUUACAGGAAUAUAUUAUACAGUAGUGUAACUUAUUGGAGUACAAUAUGCGGGAGUAUGAUCAGUGAGAUACUUCCAUACCAUUUGCAUACAGUCAAACCUGUUCGUGCGACCACCUUUAUUAAGAGACCACCAAUGAUAGCCUUUGCAGUGAUUUCAAUGUGAAGUGAACCUGAAUUAAGAACCCUUGUUAAGAUACCACUGAUUGGACUUCGUGCAGUUGUUCUCUUAAUACAGAUUUUACUGUAUAAACAUUUAGUUUAUAAGGAUAACGAUAACCUUUUAUUCUAUUGAUAUGAACUUUCUGUUUUUACAUUUUUUUUCUUCUUUGGUUUAUAUGGUCUUAUGGUAUAUACGUUUGGUAAGUGUUGGUAAAGAUUGAAGUCAAAAACCAAGUAAAUGACAAGUCUUAGUUUAAACAUGUUUUAUUGCCAUAAGUAUGCAUAAGUAAAGGGAUUGGGCACAAGUUACCUUAACACUAUGGGCGCCCGUUAUUUACGUCUUUUACAAUAUAUCUACAGUAAAAAUUAGUCACGAAUGUGCGUAUAUAAUGGUAGAAUGUAUAAGAGGAUAAUGCUCACAUAUGUCAUCUUAAUAUACAAAUAUAAUUUUAUUAUAUCUAUUCUACCACGUCAGAUGCAACGAAAAGCAUUUUUUGCCUGACGAAACAGGCACUGUAACCUUCGAAAUAGGGGAUUAGUUUUGAAAUAUUAUUACGCGUGUAUGUAUUGUUUUAGUGAGUUCUUGGUCAAAUAACCCAUGCUUAUUGACCAAUGAAAACGUUGCUACAAAAGAUUCAAUGAGUUUUUUUGUGGUUUUUUUUUAAUAUUUUGAUGACGUCAUCAGAUGCCAAGCAAUGACAUGCAUUUACAUUGUAUACUGUGUGUCGAUACAGUCACAUUUCUUAAAUUACACUAGUGGUGUAAUGACGAAUAAUCGGCCUUGUUACAUGAUUAGGAUGUAUCACUCACUCUGAUUGGCUGAUUUGCACAUUUGAAAUUUUGUUGCGACGUUAUAGUGACUCCAUUCCUUGGUUAACAAUCCUUUGUUACGAUAGUAUCAGACUCAAGUAUUAAAAGUAUGAUGAAUCAUAUUAAUAAUGUAUGGGUAUAUAUGCAACGAAUGUCAAUAUAACUAAACAUGGCUCAUAAAUGUCGAAUAUUGAAAGUUAAAUAAGUGCAAACAUCUUUAACAAUUGUACAUUAAAAGAUAUUUUCAAGAAAACUAGAGUAUACUUGCAUCACCCGCUGGUGUGUAAAAGCACUGUACCUUCACUUAUUAAGUGGAGCCAUGUAUCAUUAUUUACAAAAUCAAACCUCUAGCUUCAUAUAUAAAGCUAUUACAUUUAUUUUGACAUGGAAGACCGAUUUACACACCAAAGGUUGCCCAAAAUAAAACUAAGACAUCAAUGUUGUCUCCCACCUCUGUACUUUGAAUCACUAAUGUAAGAUCAAUGCAUAAAGUAUCUCUAUGGUCGUCGAUUGUAGAUAUUGUUUUCCAAUGAAUUAAUUUUCAGAUUUGUAAAAACAGACAAAAUUAAGAUAAUAACAUUUAACCGGUUUAAUAAUUGUGUUACGAUGUCUUAUUUUUGCUAAUAAGGGCAUAUAAUAUACUGGUUUUUAUUUGCUAUAGUUUGCUAUAUUAUAUAUCUAAUUAAUCAAAAUUUGAUUAGUAAUGAAAUGUGUUGUAUACGGAAAUAAUCAAAGGAAGUAAUGGCGUAUAAAUUUAUCAUUUAAAACUGCCAAAACGAAAUGCAACGUUUACGAUUUAUUCAAGAUAGAUUCAAAGACUGUUACAAAUUAUUGUAUUUGAUAUUUCGACUUGUACAAAAUAUAUAUAAUGUAACAAACUAUUAAUAAUUCAGUUAAGUAGACCAUUGUUGUAUAUUUAAUGAUUAUGAAGUUGUAUUAAAAAUAUUUGGCUUUAUCAUAGAAAAUAUUUAUAAAUUGGUAUGAAAACUUAUGAAAUUACAAAAUGUCUAACGGACUAUUUACAUUCUAAUAUAGAUAUAUAUAUUUUCAAUUUAUUUAUAAGUAUACUAAGUCUAUUUUCUUUAAGAUCCAACGAACGUUUAAUGUCUAUUUUCUUUGUGUCAUAAACAUACAUGUACCUUGUUGUAGGGGAAAUAACUCUAAUUAUUUCAGUUCAAUAAUGAAAUUUUUCUAGUAAGAUAUUUGUUUGGACUGAAAUCAUGCUAACUUUAAAUAAAAAAUAGCAUUGGCCACUUUCAGUAUUUAUAAUUUUAUGCCGAUGUACACUUGAUGAUUUUGUUAAAAGCCAGCAUUUCAAUUUAGCCAUCUCAUUUAGCCAUAUUUGUUCAUGUUGUAUAAGAUGUAUUUUGGUAUUUUUUCUCUUGUUUUGACGGCAUAUUCAAGAAAAAUAUCAAAUUGCAAUACACUGAUAUUAAUUUUUGUUUUUAUAAUGUCCUGUAUUUUAUCGUUUUUCAUGAGAAUUCAUGAUAAUGCAUGAACAGCGAGAAUGAGUCUGUGAGUGAACGAUCCAGGUGUUUGUGUUUGGACUGACCGUGGUCUUUGGAACGUUUUAUGAUGAAAUUUAUCAUGACAAUAUUCUGCUUAGGUUUCGAGUUAAUUCAGAGUGGAUCCCGGAUUUACAGGUUUGCUUGUGUUAUUACCAAAGGUGUGAAAGAAAUAAAAAUAUGUGUCAUUCA